GAGCAGUAGUGUAUCAGAAGGCAUCAGGCUCAGGCACUAUGACUGAAAAGUGGGUGUCUAUUCUGCUGCUGCUGCAGCUCUGCUGCUUUGGAUGUGGGUCCUGUGGGAAGGUCCUGGUGUGGCCACUGGAACAUAGCCACUGGCUUAAUAUGAUGGCAAUUCUUGAAGAGCUGGCACAAAGGGGUCACUUGGUGACUGUGUUAGUGUCUUCUGAUAUGUUUCUCAUUGGUUCCACUGACUCUUCAGGGCUGAACUAUGACGUUUUUCCUGUACCACAAAUAAAAGAAGACUUGGAGGAACAAUUCGAAAUUUAUUUGAGCAUGAUGAUUAACAAAAAACCCACAUUUUCAGACUGGGAAAAACUGUGGGAAUUUCAGGAAUCUUUCAGCUCUGCUUUUCCUAUUGUAAAAUCAAGGUGUGAAAAUGUAAUCUUCAACCAGAUGCUCAUGGAGAAGCUGCAACAAACUGGCUAUGAUGUGCUGUUAGCAGAUGCUGCAUUUCCAUGUGGAGAUCUGAUAGCGGAGGUGCUUGAAAUCCCUUUCAUAAAUAGUCUCCGGUGGAGCAUGGGGAAUGCCUAUGAGAAAUACUGUGGGGGACUUCCUUCUCCUCUUUCCUAUGUGCCCAUGCCCAUGGGCAGACUGACUGACAAGAUGACCUUCAUGGAAAGGGUGGAGAAUAUACAACUAUCUCUCUUCUUUGACUACUUCUGGUUCCAUCCAUUUGAGAAAAAGUGGGAGCAGUUUUACAGUGAGGUGUUAGGUAAGAUGGGUUUUUUCAGGAGUGUUGUGGACUGUUAUUUUAUUUUCAGUUUUGUCUGCCAAGUUUGGAGUAAUGAAUUGCAAAACCUUUCGGCAUUAGAGUAUGGUGCAUUUGUGCAAAACUUAUUUUAUCAGUGUUCAAGGCUUAUAAAACAGCAGUGUGAGAGCGCUGUUUUGAACAAAGACCUUAUGAAGACAUUGAAACAAGCCAAGUAUGAAGUUGUUAUUUCAGAUGCUAUAUGUCCUUGUGGUGAGCUCAUAGCAGAAAUACUUGGAAUACCCUUUGUCUAUAGUCUGCGCUUCAGCCUGGGCAAUACCCUUGAAAAAUACUGUGGAGGACUCCCAUCCCCUCCUUCCUAUGUGCCUGUAGCCAUGUCAGUGUUGACUGACAGGAUGACAUUUAUGGAGCGGGUGAAAAAUAUGCUUUUCUUCAUUUAUUAUGACUUUUGGUUUCAGAAUUUUACAUGA